UCACAUUGCGUGAUACUUUCUUUGUAGCUAAUCAAUUCCACUUUGUCUGACCAUGAAGAUGAAGUGGGGACUGAGACCAAGACUAAUCAGCAAGAUAAAGAUGUGUUCUCAUCUUGUCUUUUGACAUUGAGACUUCUUGGCAAGUUCCUUGGCUUUAUUGUAUUUUUACCAUAUCGGACUCCAGAGCCACUACCAGAAACUUUAGAAAUGACUUAUGUCGCUAUGAGAAGCCAGGUCCCUUGUCCACUGGAUGUUUAUCAAGAAAUUCAGUUGGCCUGUGUUGAGGGGAGACUAGUCCUGACUGUACCCUGGGUGGUGGAAUUUUUGAGCAUGAUGGACAGCCUAGCACCAAGACUGCAGUACUACAGCAGUGUGUGCAAGCUGCUCAUGCAGAUUCAUAGAUGUUUUGCAGCAUCUUUCUUGGAAAGGUACAGUUUGAAUUCCUUCCUAACUGUUGUGGUGCUUGGCUGGCUUUUCCAGCUUCCACAGUUUCCAGAAGAGUUGUUUUUUACAGACCUGGAUUCUUUGGAUUGUUAUAAUAAAGAUCAAAAUUUGGUAAGCACUACAGGCCUGACUGGGGCCAACUGCUUCUAUUCUGAGAGAGAGAAGAGGGAGAGCGAGAGAAGGAAGGAGGAGAGUGAGAGAGGGAGGGAGGGGGAGUGA